CGGGGGCAGUACCCACAGCGCCAAAAAUUCAAAAACCUUUCUGUACCGACCAGACGGCAUGUAAAUAACACUAAAUGAAAGAAUAUUACAGAUAUCAUGGAGUCUUUGAUUCAGCGUUGAAUAUGAGUACAUUGUUUCAACUACCGGUAACAAACCAGUCAAGCGGAGUUGCCUGAAACAGCGCAAUAAUAUGAAGAAUACCAGUAAGCACCAAGGGGCUUUUCAGUGAUUUGAUGACCAUGAGACGGAGCCCAAGGAGACCACUGAUCCUCAAAAGAAGAAAGUUGCCUUUUCAGCAAAACGAUGCUCCGGCGGCUCAAUCGCAAAGCCAGUUUGGUGCACCGGGCUCCAAAGAACCUUCAAAAUCGGCUGCGAGUCAGUGCUUCCCCGAUGGGAUCCGCAUUAUGAAUCACCCUUCCAUGCCUGACACUCAGGUGGUUGUCAUUCCCAAAGCAGCAGACCUUCAAAGUGUCAUUGGGGCCCUCACGGCAAAAGGCAAAGAGUGUGGCGUCCAGGGACCAAACAAGUUCAUCCUUCUGAGUGAGAAUGGCAGCUGUGACAAUAGAUCUUUUUGUCAGACUCCUGCUGAAGGAGAUGACCUCUCUACAAAGAGUACAGAUGGAAAUCCAGUGAAAGCAGAAAUUAUGCACGACUCCCCUGAUGCUAAACCUCUCACUGGAAUUAAACCAUUGAAUAAGGAACUGGAAUGCGGUCCUUUAGAUGACAGCCUCACCAAUAUUCAAUGGCUGGGCAGAAUGAGCACGUGUGCCAUCGAACCAGAUCCUACCAAGCUGUUGACCAACAAGGAGAACCAAAACCCAAGUUCACAGCCUUUCCAGGCACACAAUACACAAAUCGAUGCAGAAGCUGUUCAACAACCCAUGUCAGAGAGGCCACCAUACUCCUACAUGGCCAUGAUCCAGUUUGCUAUCAACAGUAGGAAGAACAGAAGGAUGACUCUGAAAGAGAUUUACGUGUGGAUCGAGGACCACUUCCCUUACUUUAGAGAGGUGGCCAAACCGGGAUGGAAGAAUUCCAUCCGCCAUAACCUCUCUUUGCAUGACAUGUUCAUCCGUGAGACAUCGCCAGAUGGUAAAAUUUCUUUCUGGACCAUCCGGCCUGAGGCAAAUCGAUGCCUCACUCUUGAUCAGGUGUACAAGCCUGGUUGUGACCCAAUGACUGCUCCUGUCCCGGUGCCAAUGUUUUUAUUUCCCCACCAACAACAAAAGAGGAUGCUUCCUGAUGCAAGAAAGACAUCAGCUGGCUCUGAGAGAAGGAUGAAGCCUCUUCUCCCUCGUACGGAUUCCUACUUGGUCCCUAUCCAGCUCCCCGUCACCUCCUCUGUCUACCUGCCGUCCGCACCGGCCCUGUUUCCCCCCUCUUGCUCGCAGCAGAAACGAAACAUUUCACGAGGAGCCAAGAGAGUCCGGAUAGCUCCUAAGGUGACACAAAGCGAUGCUCCAGCUGUGGCAGUGUAUCCUCAGACGGACAAAGACCAUACGGUGGAGAUAAAGGAAGAGCCUGUAUGUCUUCCGAUUAAAUGCGAGACUCCUAAAGCCCUUCCAAAGAGACAAACCAGCAGCUCUAGGCGUAAACAGCGCCUGGUUCUCUCUCUGCAUGAGGAGCCUGUCCUCCUCUGUCCCGAUAAUACUUUCUUUGACUCUGGCGUAGCCUCCGACGCUUCGACUUUCCCCGACAUGCAAGAUACUGAGCUGGAUGACCACCGGCAUGAGCAGCACAGCCCUGACCGGGAGUUCUCCUUCAAGACCCCCAUAAAAAGUAGCAGCCACCUGAGCUCCUCCACCCCCAGCAAGCCCCCCUCCAAUGUCUUAGCCGAGCCCUGGAAAGUGACCCCUGUGGGAAAAGGGAGCCAAAAUGUUCUGGACUUCAGCCCCAUUCGCACACCGGGUGGUCCCGCUCUCACCCCACGGCACGACUACACCCCGUUCAGCUUCAACAGCACCCCCUUUAAAGACCUGCCUCUGUUUAGCUCCCCCAGAGAGCUGCUCACAUCUGCUCCCCCGAGAACGGCCGGACCAACAGACUCUCCCAUGGACUGCUUCCGAAGCAGCUGCUCCAGAGAGCUGCUCCAGGCGGGAGGUGCCACACCCGCUAACCGCUCAAUCACAGAAGGACUUGUCCUUGACACCAUGAACGACAGCCUGAGCAAAAUAUUAGUGGACAUUAGCUUCUCUGGUCUGGAUGACGAGGACCUAGGUAUGGCUAACAUCAGCUGGUCCGAGUUCAUCCCCCAGUUUAAGUAGCCAGAGGGCCAAAACACAUAUUUUAUUUACAUGGCAGUUUCAUAUGUUUUCCAAAACACUAUGGGCAGGGAAGCCCAAACAGAAAGCAGCAAAGCAGGUGCAAAAACGUCGAAAAAAGGACCAGUCUUUGAAAAAACACCAAAAACAGUGUAAAUUGUCAUAUUUGGAGAAGGUUUACUAGGGCUACAACAACAGGGUUAAAAGGAACAUUUGUCAGAGUGAAACACCGAAGACACCAAAUACAAGUACAUGUAGAUAACAUCAACAAGAAUAUGAAACAUUCUUAGAACUACUUUAACUUUUUUUUUAUGCGAAUUAAAGUUAAUUGGCUUGGAGAUAAGUAUUAAAUGAACUGAUUUGUAUAUGAAUUAAAGGUAGAAUCCAUAAUGUUUUAUAGUUUAAUACAUUUUUCUAUUCAUCUGGUGGAAUCUGGUAGAGCACCAGAAAAAAAAAUAAUAAUAAAUUUUUACCGGGGUUGUCUGGUUGACUCUGCAAAUUUCAUCUCGUUUUAUCACUUCUCUAGUAUAUGCCUAUUACCUGACUGGUUGAUAUUUUCACUGCGUAAAAACACCAAAGUCACACUUAACUGAAGCAACACUAGGUGCUGUCAUCUUUCCUUUAGUUUCAACGUGCUUAAAUUUAGGAGUUGCAGCUUUAAUAUAAAAGGAUGUAACCUUCAAUUUGGUUGUUUUAGUCGUUCAUUUGAACCUUUUUAAUACCUCUAACGUUCAAGUACCUGCCAAAAUGUUUAGCCUGUUUUUAAGACCGUUUGAGUUUGCUUUCUUUUGCAUCUGCUCUACUUUCUUUGGAUGUUUCUGGCUGCCGUUGGAAAUUAAGUAACUUUUUGUUUGUGUUUUUUUGUUUGUUUUUUUUUUAAAUGACAGGGACACUUUAAUUUUAAUAACCAGGUCAAAUUAGCAAGCUGCUCACUUGUCAUUUCUUACAUUGGAUGUUGUGUUUUUUUCUCCACCUCUGGAUUACUUUUUCAUUGGUUGCGUUACUCAUUAACUGCCUCAAUGUCACUCUGAUUCUGUCUGUAUCACUUAACACAUGGUCCUUGGUUUCUUUUAUCAUCUAUCCUACCUGUCAUAUCCAUCUGUACUCCAGAAGGAUUCGCUAGAGAAGAGAAGUAUGUCUACGUGUAUAUGUAUAUUGAUUUGCACAUUUUAAUAUAUAAUUUAGCUUUUUACAUUUGUAAAUGGGAAGACAUUAUAUUGCCUGAUCAGCAAAUGAGAUGCUUCUGUCAUCUUCCUGGAAUCAACUUUUAGACUUUUAGAUUGUGAUGCAGGAUCGUUAGCAAUAAAAAAAAAAAUUGCAAAGUAAUAAAAAUAGCACUAACAGCAAUAGGAUUGUAUCUGUAUGUUUAUUGUAAAACUCUCUUCAUUACUUCACUUUAAAGGUCCUCGUAGUAAUUGUUCUUCAGUAUUCCAGUAUCAACUUCGGGGCACUUUGUGAGUGGGACAUUUUGCAUGCCGUGACUUUCUGUCACUACCAUGUUUUACAUCAUCUUUUGGAACAAAAUGUUUAAUAUUUUGUAUCUACCUAGCACAGAUUGUAUUUGUUUGCAAUAAGAGUAUAUACUAAGCGCAAAGAGGAAAAUAGGGAAGAAUUGGUUCCAAGCAGGACACUUUUUGCCACACCCUCUUUGAAGGGGACCUACUUUUGAAGAUGCCACAAAAUAAUGUAUGGCUUCAGGUGUGUUAGCAUGUGUUUUUUUUUAUAUGUGAGAGUUUUUACAUUGCAGUAACUUGAUCUGUUUAAAAUUGCUGCUGAACGGCAUACAGGAGUGGAAUGUUGUGGUUUCUGGCCGACAGCUUUCACAGCCUGUGCCUAGUACUGUACAAUAAAACCGUUGGUGUUGGUGCCUCAUACAGCGUGAAGCGCUUUUAUUCAGUC